ACAGAGGAGUUAGUGCGUGUGAGAGCGGGCACUGUGAACUGCGUUACUAUGCUGUAGCCCAAUAACCACACAUUCGGAAUCAAAACGUGCAAUUUAGAUUGACUUUAUCUUGUUUCCAAAGAUAAGUGAAGGAACUGCUGAGGAGGGAAAGCGAGCCUCAUGAGUUGGCCUGGUGGAUCUCAGCGACGUUAUGGAUUUGACUAAAAUGGGUAUGAUCCACCUCCAGAACCCCAACCACCCCACGGUCCUGCUGCAGAAGGCCAACCAGAUGCGUCUGGCAGGGACCCUCUGCGACGUGGUCAUCAUGGUGGACAGCCAGGAGUUCCAUGCUCACAGAACCGUGUUGGCCUGCACCAGCAAGAUGUUUGAGAUUCUGUUUCACCGCAACAGCCAGCAUUACACCCUGGACUUCCUUUCACCAAAGACCUUCCAGCAGAUCCUGGAGUACGCCUACACUGCCACACUCCAGGCCAAAGUGGAAGACCUGGACGACCUGCUGUACGCAGCAGAGAUCCUAGAAAUCGAGUACCUGGAGGAGCAAUGUCUCAAGAUCCUGGAGACCAUCCAGUCCUCGGAUGAUAAUGACACGGAGGCCAAUAUGAACGAUGGCGGCACGGAGGAAGAAGACGAGCGCAAGGGACGGCAAGGAGGGAAGAACGCUAAGAAGCAUUCCAUGGAGGGGAGCUUCCUUUCAGCCACCCAGCAAGCCUCGGCCCUGGACCAGAGCCCCUCCGUCUCCACAUCCUUUGGGCUCUCCACCAUGAGCCCAACCAAAGCUGCCGUGGACAGCCUGAUGAGCAUCGGCCAGUCCCUCCUGCAGCAGGGCUUCGGGGGAGAGCACCUGACUCACGGCAACUCCCACCGCCAACUGAUGACCGAGAUCAAGACGGAGAUGAUGCAAGUGGAUGAAGGCGGAGGCCACGAGAGCCCCAGAACCAUGGAGUCCAGCGCCUCCAGCAAUGGUGAGAGGAGCAACGAGUUGGACAAGAACCGUGACGGCCCAGGGACCCCGACCAGGAGCAGCGUGAUCACAAGUGCCCGCGAGCUGCACUACGUCCGGGAGGAUGGCAUGGGCGACCCCCAAGCAGAUGGUAGCCAAAUGGGUCUCGAAGCCAUGGCUGGCAUGACAGGCAUGACUGAGAAACAGCUGACCUCCCUGUACUCUCUGCCUCCCAAUCAUAAAAACGAAGUUAUGCGAUCCAUGCCGGCCUCCAUGGCCUCUUCUCUCCACAUGUCCCCUGCCCUGGCCAUGUCCAUGGACUUCAGUGCCUACGGGGGACUUCUGCCCCAGAGCUUCAUCCAGAGGGAGUUCUUCAACAAGCUGGGGGAGCUGGCCGCUGGCAUGAAGCCAGAUGGCAGAAACCAGCACGAACGCUGCAACGUGUGUGGCGCAGAGCUACCAGACAACGAAGCUGUAGAGCAACACCGGAAGCUGCACAGCGGUAUGAAGACCUAUGGAUGUGAGCUGUGUGGGAAACGCUUCCUGGACAGCCUGCGCCUUAGGAUGCACUUGCUGUCUCACUCAGCUGGUGAGAAGGCCAUUGUCUGUGACCAGUGUGGGGCCCAGUUCCAGAAGGAGGAUGCUCUGGAGGCUCACAGACAGAUCCACACAUGCCUGGACAUGGCCAUCUUCUGUCUGCUGUGCGGGAAGCGCUUCCAGACACAGCCGGCGCUGCAGCAGCACAUGGAGGUCCACGCCGGCGUGCGCAGCUACAUCUGCAGCGAGUGCAAUCGCACCUUCCCCAGCCACACCGCUCUCAAACGCCACCUGCGCUCGCACACAGCAGGUGACCAUCCAUAUGAGUGCGAGUUCUGCGGGAGCUGCUUCCGUGACGAGAGCACUCUGAAGGGCCACAAGCGCAUCCACACCGGGGAAAAGCCCUACGAAUGUAACGGCUGUGGGAAGAAGUUCAGCCUCAAGCACCAGCUGGAGACCCACUACCGUGUGCACACAGGUGAGAAGCCGUUUGAGUGCAAGCUGUGCCACCAGCGAUCUAGGGACUACUCGGCCAUGAUCAAACACCUGCGCACCCACAACGGAGCGUCGCCCUACCAAUGCACCAUCUGCCUUGAGUACUGCCCCAGCCUCUCGGCCAUGCAGAAGCACAUGAAGGGCCACAAGCCCGAAGACGUCCCCCCAGACUGGAGGAUAGAGAAGACCUACCUGUACCUCUGCUAUGUCUGAGGCCUCCAGACGACAGCCCGGGGGAAGGAAGACAGGCAGAGGAGGAGGAUGGGGCUGAGGAAGGAAGGGGAGGAUGAGGAGAAGGAGGAGGAGGACGAGGCCUGUGGCGAAGAAGUCAAGCGAGAUAAUCCAUGAGAUGGAAGCACAGGCGGUUUUUGAAUGCGAAGAGAGCGAAUGAGCAGAGGGCAAAGGUGGACACAGUGAGGAAAAGGGCUGGGCUAGGCGCAGGAAAACUGAGGUUCUGACCGAGAGGACAUUUCCCCUUAAAAUUCAUGUCGUUCAGUACAUCUAUCUAUGUUUUGUUUGGAGUUGUCGAAUUGCCUAACACAGAACCCGUCGGUGCGUCGAUGAAGUCGUCCUUAAGUCCACCCACAGACUUGAGAGAUGUCACCCAAGCCACACUUGUAACUGAACUGAUUCUCAAAGGCUAUCUGAACCCACACCUCCCCAUCAUUUUGACCACUGGCUCUCCCUAAAUGUAGUUUUGACACCCGCGCCUUUUCUGGAAUGGAAUUGUAUCCUACUGUAACUUGGGUGGGUCAUUGCUCUCGUUCCAUGACACAGUACUACAGAUCCCCUCCUGAUUUGAUUGGAUUAAACUGGACACCAAGUCAUGUUCUGCUUGAGGAACAUGUUGCAGUUGGCCCCUACCCAAGCAAUUGUUUACCAGAGUGCUCCAAAAUGGAGUCUUCAGACCUGGUGGAGAGCACUGGUGGAGAGCACACAGAGCACUUAGAACACUUAGAACCCUAUAGUGGAGUAGUGCCAUUCAGAUAGCCCCCGAGAAUCAGAGCCUAAGGGCCAGACCAUGUGGCACAUUUCAGCCAGCCCUAUGGAAAUAUAGCACCAUUUAUUGUACUGCAUUAGCCGAAGCGAAGUUGAAUUUGAUUGGGGCACAACACCUUCGUACCCACGCAGAGGCUUGUCUUUUGUACAGCAAAAGGGAGAUGAAGAGAGGAUGAUAUUCCCAUAUCGGUCAGGUUUCACCGGAGCCUCUUGAGAGUCAAACCGUGACUGUCACUUUUUUCAUCUCGGUAUCUUUGGCUCCGCAUCAUAGUUUAUCAUAGCUUCAUUGCACAGGUAAAGACACAUUACGACGACAGUCUCUGUUUGAUGUUUAUAUCAGAUCUAUUUUUGAGGGUUUUGCUCGCUGCGAAGGCGCUGUUCUUUUAUCUCUUAAACCAUAAAUCUCUAUACAGCAUUAACUGGAGAUGUUAAUUUUUUCCCCGCUAUAGAUACUGGACUGAUAUUAAUAUACGUUUAACCAGAUUAGCAUCAAUUACACUAAGAUUUAGUACAUGGACUGACUCAUAACAUUUAACUAUUUUCUCACAUUAAUAAUCUCAUAAUCUCUAUAUGCCAUUGGGAUGGAGACCAAAAUGACAAAGGCUGCUGUGGAUUGCUCCAAGGGGUGGUCGUAAUGCCUUCAUAAUGCAAUUAUAAGGAGAUAUGGCACCUGUUAUAACAGGACAUAUAUACUGUUAUGUCGCGUGAAACCAUAAAUGUGACACCAGGUGGAAAAUUGUGUUUCAUGCGUAAUUGUAACGGUGCUAUAUCAGUUGUCAUAAGUGUCAAAUAUGUUGUCAUAAGUUGUCGUAACCUAUUACGACAAGCAUUAUAUCUGUUCAUAUGGCAGCAUAAUGAAGACAUUAUGAGCACCACUGUCAGUUCAGUGUUACCAUGGUAAUCACAUAUCUGAAUGAUUAGCGGGAGGGGGGUGGGUGGCUUCACUGAUUGGAAGAGACAUGGCCUGCCCAGCCCAGGGGGCGACCAGUAAGAAGACAGAAUAAAUCAACUCUUUAUAUAUGGUUUUGUUCCUUCGCUUUGUCUCUGUUUCCUAUUAUGUCUUGAUUUAGCUCAGCACAUUGUACUUGAAUUACCUCGUUUUUUUGUGACCUCAUGUGCUUGUUUUUAUUUCUUGUAUUUUUUUAUUUUUUUGUGUGUGUGUGUGUGUGUGUGUGUGUGUGUGUGUGUCCGAAAGCGGCGUUGUUGCGCGAGGGAGAUGUGACAAAGCAAUGUGUACGCGAAAAUUAAGUGCCACGGUGAAAAGAGAUUUUUAUUGUUGUGUAUUUUUGUGCAUUAUUGUUACCAAACUUGGUAUUUUUUUAUGAACCUUGCUUGUUGAAAAGCUGGUGGGGUCGGUCAUUGUUUAAAAGCUACCUCUAAGUUGUUUUGUUUUAAUUUUUGCAAAAGCACAUUUGUUUUCUGUGUGUUUUGCAUUAUUGCAUCAUUGCAACUUCAUCUCAUGCUUUCAAGUGUUGAUUUAUUGUCUUUUCACAUCUGUAAGUGACAUUUAUAUAAAGGGUAAGAGAUGGUAGAUAUUGUUAGAAAAAAAUGAAAAUUAAACAAGUGUUUAUUCUUCUCUUACAGUCUGCGUCCGUCCUCCCCUUACAUUAACCUUAAGAGCAGAGAAGAGAUUUUAAGGCCUUAAGUAUGGGGUAAGAGGGAUGAACGCAGUAGAAGAAGAAAUAGUACUUAUAAGAGUUUAAAAAAAAGCAUUAAACUUGAAAAUAUGUGAAUAGAAUUGUAGUUUUGUAAUGUGAAAAAAAGAAGGUCAUGUACACAGCGAUGUAGUGUGCCCUGGACAAUUGGGACUGCAAGUGGUAAUCAAGGAAGAAAGGAAGGUUAGGAAAAAAAGAUCCUCUUGGUCGACAAUUUCUCUCAAAGGAGUGUAUUCCUGAACAAGAGCCAACAGAGGCAGUUUGAUAUAUAAAAAUGGUGAUAUUUUUGUAUUCGGUGUCAGUCCCUUUCCAUUUGUCGAGAGUUUCAGCAGGGCAAAUAUUUGUAUUUCUUUUUUUUUAUCUAGUUUUUUUCCUCUGGUUUUGAAUCUUUUGCCUUGCUCCUCUUUGGUAAUGUUGGACGUAUGUAUGUAUGUAUGUAUGUAUGUGUGUGUGUGUGUGUGUGUGAACAUGUUGUAUGUAGUAAGUGUUGCUUUCUGGAUGUCAAUGCAUUGUAGGUGAAGGACUAAAUCUGCCAAAAAAAAAUAAAAGAGAUCAUUGAAAAUGGAUGGCUGGGAGGCUGCCGUCGAUCAAUUAGUACACGUCAUUCACUAUUUUAUUGCCAACAUUUAGUUUUUGUACUUGAAGUGACAAAAAAAGGAUGACAUGGUCAUAGUGGCCCAUGGUUGUCUUGCCACUACUUCUCCAACACUGUGAGCUGAGGGGUUUCCCUCGUCCAAUUUUCACCAUAAUAAUAACUUCAGUCACCAUUCAGUGUGGCAGGCCAGAGAGCCCGAAACGAUCACAUCACACUUCAAUGACUAGAGGUAUUCAAUCACAUGCUCUUAUUGUUGUCUGAAUGUUUUAUACUUUUUUUGUGUGUGUGUGUGUGUGUGUGUGUGUGUGUGUGUGUGUGUGUGUGUGUGUGUGUGUGUGCAUAAAUGAAAGUGUGUAUCCGCGUGCGUGUAUUAAUGAAAAAUGCACUAAUCAGAUACAAAAUAAAAAACAAUGCUCUAUGCUACUUUUCUCUCGACAUGUUGAAAGAAAAUACAUUGGUAUUGAUAUAGUUCUUCCCUCAAUGUUACUCUGUUUCUGUAAUAUCUUUGUGCCUAAAAUGGAAAUUGUUCAACAAAAAUGUCCAUCUAUAUCUGCUUAGUUUCUGUACUUUCAGAAGAUAAUAACUGGUGUCUCCAGCACUCUAGGGAUGUCAUGACGAUUUGAGAUGACCUGAUUUUCUGAUUUAGAAUCCAAAAGGAGCUGUCAUCUCGGACUGCUUUAGCCUAAAACUGGUAGUGGGCACACCACCUUUUGAUGUUUUAGUUUUUUGUUCUUCGUCUGUAAUUGACACCCAAAAUCAAUGUAAUUCGUUUACGCACAAUAAGCAAGGAAGAAAAAUGUCAAUUUAAAGAUGAUAGAACAGUCCCGGGCCAUGGAAAUAGUAUGCAUUUUUGUUUUCAAUCUGUUCUGAAGGACAUUUGCCUGUUCAUUUUGGAAAUCGAAGUCGAAGUAUGUUUUUCAUUGAUAAUAUUUUGUUGUCAGCAACAGGUUUGCUGAGCAGUUAAUGUCCUUCCAACCACUUUGGCAGCUUGUCAAAACCAUAGUGUUGCCCCAGCUUAACAUUAGGACUUCUCUGUUAUUAAGUACUUGUUUCGAAAUUGCAUUUAAAAAAUAUAUUUUUUAAAGCUGUACAAAAUCAUGGCAUCCCUGGAGUAGGCACUCUGUGUUUCAGUGUGGUGUUCUAGAACGAGUAGCCAUUUUAUGCAGUGUUGCCAUGCAUGUGCCAUUUGAGGUCUAAACUAAACUGUUUGAGUAACAAAGCACCAAGACAUUGUCUUUUUUAUAUUGGCACUGAGGACCAAUUGCCCUGUCGGACCAAGCAUUACAAAGCUUUUUAUGUAACAAAGCUUUCUCUCUCUCUUUCUCUGGCUUGUCUGUGAUUUUGUUUCUUUCUUCCUUGUUGUGACAGCACAAGUGCCAGUCGAGUUGCUCUGUAUUAAGAAAAUAGUGUUUUUAUGAUUUGAAUUGUUAUAGUUUUCGUCUACCUCAGCACCUAAUCUUAGCCUAAUCUUAGAAGGUGCCCAAUUAUUAUUUUAUUUUUCUCUUUUUUUUGUUGUCAUUUGUAUAAAAAUGAUUUUGUUUGCAUUAGAGCUUUGCAAAGGUCCUUUGUCUUUUCCAGCGACGUGCUGUGUCUGUGAUCCUGCUUCCCAUGUGCGAGUUGUGCCACGGAUCCCAGCAUCUGUCUGUUGAUUUAGUGGUUUUUCUUUCAGUUUAGGAUCAGACACAUCUCUUUGUAACAUUUCAGUGUUCUCUGAUGGAGUGUAAAAAAAAAAUAAAAAAAAAUAAAAGAGAUUAAAUGCUGCAGGUUUUCUUCUCCAUGUUGUCACUAAGUACAUUUUGUGCCUUCGAUAGUGAAAGAUAAUAUUUUUUACAUCCUACUAACAGUAGAUUGUUUUGUAGUGAACAUUUUUUGUAUUUUUAUUUAUGAGUCUCAUAUGAAAAAUAACAAUGUUCAGUUGUAUACCUUCAAUCUGCAGUUAGAAAAUAAAUAAAAAAUCGACUUGA